GGAAGUGACGUUGCGCAAUUGUUCUUUGACAGGUAGGAGAGCAACGAUCGGAGCACACGACUUAUCUUUAUAAUACAAGUUUUAAAGAAUAAGAAUGUUCAGAUCGGUAGCAAGGGCUUCGUCUGUUGUGGGUAGCCAGCAGUUACUUUCAAGAUCAGUGUUAAGAAGGCCUGAUGUUCUUGGCGUGAUUCAGUCCAGGAAUGUACAAGAGGAUUCAAAGUCUUUUGGCCUCAAUCUGUUCCGCGGGCAGAACAGAGUCGAGCAAGUUUUCCCCUUUCCAGAUGUUAUGCACGCAGACCAAAAAGAAACCCUUCAGAUGUUUGUGGACCAGACAGCAAAAUUCUUUGAGACAACAAACAACAGUGACAAGAAUGAUGCACUUGAGACGGUUGAACCCAAGACAAUGGAAGGUCUCAAGGCUCUUGGAGCUUUCGGUCUGCAGGUGCCCAAUGAACAUCACGGUGUGGGUCUCACAAACACCCAGUAUGCGCGCCUGGUGGAGAUAGUGGGGGCCCAUGACCUGGGAGUUGGCAUUGUCCUGGGGGCACAUCAGUCAAUCGGCUUCAAAGGUAUUCUGCUGUUUGGGACAGACGCACAGAAGGCCAAGUACCUUCCCAAGCUGGCAUCCGGGGAAAACAUGGCUGCAUUCUGUCUCACAGAGCCUGCCAGCGGGUCCGAUGCUAGUUCUAUAAAGACAAGGGCAGUUUUGUCCCCUGAUGGCAAGCACUACCUUCUCAGUGGUGGGAAAAUCUGGAUCAGCAAUGGUGGAUUGGCAGAGAUCUUCACAGUGUUUGCUAAGACUGAGGUCAAGGACGAGGUUACAGGCGAUACUAAGGACAAGGUCACAGCCUUCAUCGUCGAGAGAAGCUUUGGAGGGGUCACCAAUGGGCCACCGGAGAAGAAGAUGGGAAUCAAAUGCUCCAACACUGCUGAAGUUUACUUUGAUAACGUGAAAGUCCCAGUGGAAAAUGUCCUAGGAGGAGUGGGAGGUGGUUUCAAGGUGGCCAUGAACAUUCUCAACAACGGUCGGUUUGGCAUGGUGGCGGCGCUGGCCGGUACGAUCCGGUACAGCAUCCACAAGGCUGUGGAUCACGCCGCACAGCGCCUGCAGUUCGGCAAGAAGAUCCAUGAGUUCGGAGCCAUGCAGGAGAAAAUUGCUCAGAUGGCCAUUCGUCACUAUGUAACAGAAUCCAUGGCCUACAUGAUCUCAGGAAAUAUGGACGCUGGCUUCAAGGAUUUCCAGAUAGAGGCUGCCAUUGGAAAGAUCUACGCCUCAGAGUCUGCCUGGUUCUGUGCUGAUGAAGCUGUGCAGAUCAUGGGAGGAAUGGGUUACAUGAGAGCCUCAGGCAUCGAGCGAGUGGUGCGUGACCUCAGGAUCUUCCGCAUCUUCGAGGGCACCAACGACAUCCUGCGGCUGUUCAUAGCCAUGACUGGCAUGCAGUAUGCAAGUGGGGAUCUCAAGGAGAUCCAGAAAGCCCUGAAGAACCCUGUCGGCAACCUGGGGACUGUCAUGGGGAUGGGGACCAAAAUGAUGAAGAGGAGGAUGGGACUCAGCACAGGUGUGUCCCUGCAGUCCGUGGUGCACCCGGAUCUCUCCACAGCUGGGAACCAGACUGCGCAGGCUAUAGAGAAGUUUGGAGCCACCGUAGAGCAGUUGCUCAUGAAGUACAAGAAGUCAAUUAUCGACGAGCAAAUGGUGCUGAACAGAGUUGCUGAUGCUGCCAUUGACAUCUAUGGCAUGGUGUCAGUCUUGUCACGGGCGUCCAGGUCCCUGAAGAACAACAGCCCCUCCGCCCAGACCGAGUCCCACAUGUGCCAGGUGUUCUGUGAGGAGGCGUCAUUGCGAGUGGACAACAACUUAGCCAUUUCAACAUCAGGCGCCGCACACAAGCGAUUUGAAAAGAUGACUGCCAUUUCUAACCACGUCGUACAGGCCGGUGGCAUUGUACAGGAACAUCCAUUGGGCUUUUAAUAUUUGCCCAACUUUAGAAUAUUCAUUGUUGACACUUUUGUAAUUGGAAUAGUACCGGUACUUUUAUAUUUACAUAAAAGAUUAUUUAUAUGGCAAGCACAAUUUCGAGGAAUAUUUAGGUAUGUGUAAUUGUCUUUGUUGGUUCUGUCUUAAUUUUUUCGUUAUUGAACAAAAUUAAACUGUAUGAACUUA